AUGGGCCGCGGCGGUUACAACGGUGGUAGCGCAGCUGUAGACGGGCCAAAAGUCGACGACAUUUAUAUUUUCACGGCGGACCGGGGUUUAGAUGCUGAUCUCAUUCAACGCUCGCGGAUCGUAGACGCUGGAUUUUCGUUGAAGAACGAGCACGGCGCCGUGCAAAGGGAGUUCGGAUAUCUUCUUAGGGUGGAUUCGGUCGCAAUAAGCACGCAGCCUUCAAGGACAAGCCUUGUAAAGAAAAUUUUCGCGGCUUUCGGAAGAAGAGACAAGUCUCGAAGGAAGCGCACAUCACACAUCAAGUGGGUAUCGGCAUCGCAUUUGCUUCACACCGCGCCAGGAGCACAGAUGCAGUACGGAGGAUGUGCACCGAAGUCGACCUGGCGACAUCGGCAGUUCCCACCUGAUGCAUUUAUAGAUGACGUAUCGAAAACAAGGGUCGACUUUGAUGCUUUUAUCAACUCCAUGGAUGAUCAAUCUUUUGCAUACCUAUGCUUGAUACGCGAAUACGCCACUCGUGCUCUUCAAGGAAAAGCAGCAGAAUACAGUGGAUUAUAUCAGGCUAUGGUAUCGCAGAAUAUUGACGAAGAAGCUUCAUCACGUAUAUCGACCAUCGAAUUCCUAGCCCAUGGUCUACGCUCGAGAACCUUUGCGGCGUUCGAGGAAUUCAAGAGCUACAUGGAUGAACCGUCGGCAAGAAGCGACUCACCAUUCAGAUGUCUGUUUGUAUUGGAAGAUAUGCCUGUGCGAUACAUCUGCCUGUUAGGAUCAAGGCUGCGUAUUCAUCCUACAGUCUUCGCGGUCCAUUACACAACCGGGGUACCUGCGACGGCCUCGACUUCGAAAGUGGUGACGAAGAACUCCACACGCCACGUAAAAGAAGAAGUUUCAUUUGUUGGUAUCCAGUACUCAUGCCGCAUGUUUCUGCCAAAAAAAAACUCAGACCCGUUCAAAUGUCCGACGUGGCUCAAGCCGAAUGCGAGACUGAGGGACCGGAGGGCAAAUCCACAAUUCGUAGUUGCGAAGAACCUGGAAACACCGAGUAAAUAUGAUCAGUGGGACGCAAGGGGCGAGAUUUCUGAGCUGGGGGGCCAAAUCACAUAUUGGUACCAUACGCUGUCAGGAGGCGGUUGGGAAGGUCAGUCAGAAUCCCUACCUUGCUAA